GCAUAUACAUACAUGAAUCAAUAAUAUAUGCAGAAAAGAUCAUAUGAACAAUGUGAUUUACAUGUGUUUUACUCAUGUGUUAUGCAUGAAUCCUCUGCGUCAGAGCGCUGAAGCCCCUCCUGUGCCCAGCACGACCACGCGCUCAGAUAACACGCAGCGCACCCGCUCCGCGCGCACUCGGUGUUUGAUGCUUGUACCACAUGCUCGACUGAUGUAACGCGUUAAAGAUCUGCAGAUUUACGUGGGAUCCAAGUUUUUGUUCUAAAAAGCGGCCUGGACACGUUUGGAGACGUCGACUGGACACAGCCUGUUUCGGAAAUGCGUUGCGAAUUGUUACUUAUUUUUUAAUUAAGGCCAAAGGCAGCAGUCACAACGAAGCCAUUAUCAUGCAAGGAUACGCCCAGAGGUCAAAUCGGCAACUUCUGCCUAGGUACCAGGAACCACCGCCGCCUUAUCCACAAAGGAAUUCCCAACACAGUCAACAGCAAGCACAGUUCAACCCCCAACCUUACUCCACAGAGCAGGCAAGACAUUGCAACGGACAACAAAGGGUUGUAAAUAACUGGAAUGCGCAUCAAGCUGUAUGCUCGGAUGCCUUUGCUCCCGCCUUCCAACAGUGUGACGGUCGCUAUGGUGCAAACCAGACCUUACGCCAACAACCGCCCACAAGACACCAGCUACACCACAAACCUUCAAAUGUGGCCCACAACGCUGAAGGGCAAGCACCCGGCAACCCUAAUGGCAAUAAUAGAUUUUAUGGUCAAUUCAACAUACAGUCAAAUUUAUAUGUUGCCUCUCAUCAGAACUACAGAAACACAGAGACAUUGAUGAUGUACACCAGCUCUAGUCAACAUCAUGCAUAUGGGACUUGUCAACAACUUCAGCCUAGACCAGAUCACAUCUAUCCUCAGCAUCCUCAACAGUUGCCUGGACAACACUCGGGUCAACAGCAGACUGCGCCGACAUCUGGACACACCUUGCAUUACAACCCCGCUGCCCAAAACAGAACAACGAUGCAGAGAAUGAUCAACAACCAAGCUCAGAGCAGAACGGCAGUCGGAUAUACAUCACCCAACUCUGUCCCGCUGCCACCUUCUGGACCGCACAGGAAUAUUUCACCACCCUCCAAUAACGUUCAACAGAGCCGACCAGAACUGAUGUCAAACACAAAUCCAAAUGUGUUGUCUGCUCAGUCUCAGAACAAUCGAAGCAGCGCUGGGCAUUCAACUGCAGACGCUAACGUUCAAACAUGUUAUGUUAAUCAAAACGCUCAAAACCAGACGGCGCCCAACAGUGAAGCCCAGUUGAACCCCACCUGCCGACCUUUUAACUUGAAUUAUUAUUUAAAAUCGAAAAUGUAUGAAAUUCUGCGUUCACAGAAAGAAGAACAAGAUUUGAAGAACAAAUCAACAACCACUCAGAACCAGUCGGAUGUCGGUCCUGCCAACGAGACCGACCAGAACUCUCAUUUACGGCAAAUUUUAUCAGAGCCAGAUUUACAGUCUGCAGCUGAACCGCCGCCCAAACGAAUGAACUUUGGUCAAACUCAGACGUACUACUUGAAGAAGUUACCCUCCAAAAACACAAGCGGGUUGCAGUCUGCCUUACCUGGCACCCACCGGAUGGCUGUACACGAACAUAACAGCACUGGAAAUGGACACGGUGGGCAAAAGCAAAAUGAGAUUCAGUACGUUACUGACCCAGCCGAAUGUCUUGAAGCUGUGUUGGCCAUACAGAAGUCGUUUCAGAAAGUUCACAAAGCCGUAGCAAUCGUCCCACCCAUUUCCCUUCUAAAUGCAAACACCGAGUGGACAGAUGAUGCAUACACGAAGACUGAUGACAGUCCACCUUUAAAGAUUGAUCUUGUGUGGUCGCUCGCUAAAGAAUCUGAUUCACAAAGCCCCAUCACAACAGAAAAAAAUGGAAAGCCGCUGUCUGAAGACUCCUCGCCUAUGGUUGAGCAGGACGACAGAAUGAGCCCUGAAAGUAAGACCACGAACACUGCAGACUCUUGCGUGACGGAAAAUUCAGAUUCGUUUUCUGUUAAUCCAACAGCGGGGUGUGUAAAUGACUGUGAUUCAAGUGAUGCUGCAUUUGAAUUGUCCAAUUGUCCGGUGGUUACAUACACGCUGGGAAACCUGAGGAACUUAGUAAAGUCUUUGGAGAUGACCGAGUCAUCUGCUCAACGUCCAGAGAAACCUGGAGGUGUUAGCAACCGGAUCUUGGACCUCUACUGGAAUGGAGACACGGAGUACCUUAAAAAGCAUUUAAAAGAACUGCGUAAAGUGAGAUCGUACUUUGAUGUAGAAAGUGUGAAAGAUGACACAUCUGUGGUGUUUGCAAGCAUCACACAUGAAGAAAUUAAGAAAGUGACUCAUUGCGAGAUCGUCACCGAUGAGCUCUGUUCAUCCUUUGAGGAGUACAGGUCUUCGUGGUUAAAUGUUGAUGGCCAGCCAGCGGAUAUCGCCAAGGUGCUUUCAGAACCGCUUUCGGAUUACAUCACUGUCUCGAAGGAGGCGUCAGGUAACGUUUCUGUCCCCGCAGACAACUUAGGUGUGAAUUCCCUAAAAGACCCUGAAGUUACACCUUUUAAUGUAAAUGAGCGUGCAAAACCAGACUCUGAAAGUCCUGGAAGUAUUUUCACACCUUCUGCAGGAAUUGGCAGGACGGACACCAAGAACAAAGAGCAUUCAGAUGCAGAAAAUUCUGGUGUCACGCCUCUUUGCAGUGUCCCCAGUGAACAAGAAACAUUUGAGAACCAAGGUGACAACAUGCAAAGCCACAAGCAUCUAAACCCAAAUCCUCCCGCAGACCUUUCGCCCUCGGCAGACACGUCUUCAGAACAGAGAGACGAUACCACAACAAAAGAAAGUUUAAGUCAAGACAAUUUAACUAUCGGCCAGAAUGAAUCUGUUCCAAACAUUGAGCAACAAGUACAUUUGGACUCUAAGACUCUACUUCAUGAUCAUUUGCCUUCGCCAGAUUUACUUCCUGCGUGCUCUGGAGAUAAACCUUUGCAAUUGGUCAACGCUGUUUCAGAUGCUGUAAAAGAUAUUGAAGAGAUCUCCACCACGAAGCCCAGUAGUAACUUUAUAAGCAUAUGGCAGGUUGAAGAUAUUUCUGAUGAUAGUAUGGAUGGUAUGGCGACCCAUUCUAACUAUGCAGACACGAUGCAAGUAGAAAAUAUUUCUGAAGAUGAAAAUUCAGAUAAUAUGGAGAUCUUUACAAACACCACAGGCACAUUGCAGGUAGAAAAUACUUCUGAAGAUGAGAAUUCAGACAAAACGGAGGCAAUUACGAACUCCACACACACAUUGCAAGUAGAAAAUAUUUCUGAAGAUGAGAAUUCAGACAACAUGGAGGUCGUUACAAAAUCUACAGAUAUACGUCUUGUGGAGGACAUUUCAAAUGAUGAAAAUUCAAGCGACGAUUCCUUGUUGAUGGAUGUUACAGUGUUGUCAUCCGAGGAAGCGUUAACAUUUUUCCAACAGUUAGAAAAGAAAUCUACUCACUCCAGUGUCGACCAUCCAAAGCUUAUGGCAUCCUCACCCAAUCAGCCUAACCGUGAAUAUAACAAAGCGAAGAUUUGCUCUAGUUGUGGUAUCAAUGACAUUCUGACAUCCAAUUCCACCAAUGUGACAGACAGCGAUAGAGAACUUUUUUGCCCCCUGUGUUGGGACAUGGCACCAUCGCUUGACCUCGAAAUGGAUCCGUGUUCUCCCAAAAGUAAUGAGAGCAGUGACGGCGAGUCAGAAAAACUGGAGGAUAAUUGUAGUCCAUCUUCAGAAAUGGAAGUUCUGGAGCCAGUUAUUGCUUCAACUGACGUGCACGUUGCAGAAGAAGAACUGACUGCAAAACCAAAAGAUGACAUGGUGGGAAAUUCAGUAGCAGAACAAAAAACACCUGAGAUUGAACGUCCUGUUGAACAGGAGAUUGUCGAGAUUCAACCAGAUAAAAUGAAAGACGAAAACUCUGAGAAAAUCAGCAUGCCCAAACUGCACAGCAAUGAGACUGAUGUUCUUGGCGAUGGCGCUGCAUCAGAAAAAAUGGAGGAUAAUUGUGGUCUGCCAUCUUUAGAAAUGGAAGAUAUGGAGACAGUUAUUGCUUUGAAUGCAGCAAACAGUGCAGAAGAAGAACUGACAGAAAAAACAAAAGAUGACACGGUGGGCAAUUCAGUACCAGAACAAAAAGUGCCUGAGAUUCGACCAGAUAAGACGAAAGAUGAAAAAAUGAAAAUCAAAUCAAAACCUGCAUUUCUCAAAUGUAGGUUUAAACCCAGCAGCGCUAGGUUGACUUCUGAUGACUCUGUCCUUUUCGCUCCGGAUAUUGUGCUUCAAAAGAGCCAGCCUCAAAAGAACAACCACAAAGCUGUGUCUGCAGUCAGCCGCCCUGGUGGCCAAAUCCAGAACUGCAACAGUGCCAACAAGGUAAACAAACCCAGUGAAGAAAGACCAGAUCCUCAUUUACAUGCUGUGAAAACUUCGCAGAACCACAAAGACAAAGGGAGAGAGAAACAGCCCAGUGAUUCAACACAGUUUAUGAACAAAACACUUCACAGGUCAACCAUGACGCCUGAGGUGCACAAUGAUAAUCUGUCAGAGAAGUUAACAACUACUGAGAAAAAUAAAGUGAGAUUUGCUUUAUAUGGGUCUAAAAACGAAAAACUGUGUGCCGGCCAAGGGCGCAAAUUUUCACCCCCCACUACCUUAACUGUGGCCGAUGCUUCCAAAGGUUUGUCCAAAAACACGAGCCAACGUUUUCCCGAAGGGCGGCGUUUGUCUGCUCCCGCAACAUUGUCUGCUGACUAUUCAGAUGUGAUUUCUGCCAAGCAAAAAGUUCACAACCAGUGGAGCAGCACUUUUAUACCAACAGCAAAAAAGACGCCACCUCCCAAGUCUCCACCGAAAGGAGAACCACUGAAGAAAAAACCCCUGAAAGCUCAUGAACUCUUAAAGUCAAACAUGCCAGCAUUAAAAAACCAAAUGAUGCAUAGAUCCGUGCUCCUGUCCAGCCAAGAGAUCAGCAAAAGCGUACAAAAACACUAAACUUGUGUGUUACUUUAAAUAUGCUUACUUAAACAUGGCUUGUGCAUAUGUAUGCAUAUGGCUAUUUUUUAUAAUUACAUUACUGUGCUGAAGAGUUUUACUGUUUCUUACUGGCUAAGAAAAAAAUAUUUUUAUAUAGUUUAAAACAGUUGUUUUAUUGUUUGUAGUUGUAUAUACAAUUUUAUGUAAAAAUGGGACUGGAUUACAGUUCACUUUAAAUGUAUAUUUUUAUAGUUUUAUAGUUUUGUUCUGUUAUGUGUACCUCUGUAUUUUGUUUACAGUGUAAAAUACAAAGUACUGUUUACUGGAAAAGCUUAAUGAAGAAUAAAACUAAAGCAGUUGAUUAUGUUGGAUAAAAUCUCUCGCAAUGUUUUACUUGAUAUUUGAUGUUUCACACCCUUUUACUCAUUCCACUCCGGAUUUGGUUUUACAGGAUUUUCAUGGUGAACAAAAUCUUGGGUAAAUAUUAGACCGAACACACAGGUUAAAAAUAGAUACACUGUAUGUUGGGAUGUAUAAACGCAAAUGAAAAGCUUUGAAAAGCAUUCAAGCCACAUUAUUAUGCUAUAAAGAAAAGGAAAUAAAAGUGAGAAUGGUAAGUUUACAUUAAGGUUUAAUUUAUUUUACAAUUAAGAGCAUCUAUUAUUGUUAGGUAAUGAUAAUUUCAACAUUUGCCAAUGGAUUUUAAAUAAAAAAAGAUGUGGUAACAAUAUAAACAAUUGUAUUGGUGCCAUAUGAAACUUUUUGCUUAGCUGCAGAUUCAAGAAGUAGCCCCUAUUCAUUUGAAUGUACCAUUUUAUUUUUUCCUGUGCUCAAUACAAGCAUCUUCCAUAUGUACACGUACACAAAUUCAUGACAUCCUCUGCUAAGAAAUACUAUUUGCUUCCUGUCCUUCAUAUACAGUAUGCACAUAUGGAAUAAACAUCAUUUGUAUGUCACAUAAGCUCACUUGAGUGUGUGUGCCUCUCUUUUCUUCCUUUUGCAUAUGGGUCACAGAAGUCUGUGGAUAACCAACUUAUCUGGUAAUUGACAAAGAUUAAUUAUGCUGUUAAAAUGUACUAAUAAUCGUAAGGCCAUGUUAUUUAUUAACCAAUGUCAAUAAAUACAAGAAUAAUGCCAAAAUAAAUAAACAGAAUAAUUACCGAUUGAAUAAACCUGUCAAGGUUUAAAAAUAAAUAAAUAAAAACACACAGUAAACAGAAAUAUAAAUCAUAAAAUCAUAAGACACAAUCAUAAUCACGGACCGGAACUCUUCGUUUUACGAAUAUUAUCGUUUAUGUUUUUAGAUCAAAUUCAUAACAAUAACAUUUUUCCUAGAAAUGAUUGCAGGUGUUUGUUUAUAUUUUGUUUAUAUUGUUUAAGUAUUGAAAGAACCAGGCGAUGUUAUGUAAAAUAACGGCGUAGGAAUGAAUUUGCAGUUCACCACUAGGCGUCAGUAGCGAGUUUUACAUGCAACCGUGAAUCAACCCUCAACAACAUGACGCUUGAUCAUCAGAGUGCAGCAACACCUGUUGACAAGCGACACACACACACCGCACGCCACUUACUUGUAAGUAACUUUUCUUAUAAAGCAUAGAAUCGCAUAAUGCCUUUGAAGAAGUCGUUAUGUUGCCUAAAGUCCGCUGGAAAGAAAGAUGUAUAAUUUGUUUCGGUGCGCAACUGUAUGUAUUUAUGGACUCGACCUUUGACAGGCAGCGUCAUGCUAGGCAUGCGUAUGUAUUGUUUGUCCUGUAAUCUUUCUGUAUAUAUGAAUAUGCGGUCUGCACACAGUUUCAAACCAAUUUGUUAAACCAUUGUAGAUUAACAGCAAUAAUGAAACACUCCUUUUAAAAACCCAUGACCAGUUUAAGUAUCUGAAUUUACACUGGGCUUUACAAACAAAUGUACAACAUAACUUAAUUGUUUUGCUUCCAUGCUUUUGUCGCGACGUCAUAUUAUUGCUUGCAUAUGUUUCAUUUGUACCCUAUAUGUCUAGGGUUUCGUAUGAAGAGUUUGGUGCCAAAAUGAGAUAACUAAAAAUACAGCUAACUAACAUCGUUUUUUUUUUUUCAAAAAUCAUGUUUUUUUUAUUGAGAGUUAUUAUGGCUUAAAUCAAAGCAAACCAACUUCAGUUUGAUUGAUAUUCAUUGGAAUGCACAAUAAAAAACAUGAUUUUUGAAAAUACUAAAAACGGACUUUACUAAUUUUGUUACUGACACGCACUAUGAGGACUCACUCGAUGUCUCCUACCACUCUCAGUCAGGAUGUCACUCUCGCUUUCACCAUCUCCAGCGGUCUCGAUAUCCGGUUACGCCAUCCGGCCUUCGUGUGCAGGUCCGUCGUCACCUGUGUUUGAACCCUGGACUCUUCGUUCCAGUUUCAGUGCUCGUCCCCCUGAGCCCUGCACACUUCUGACAAUUCUCUUCGUAUAUUUAUAUAUAUUUUUAGUUAGAACUACGUAAGAGAUGUCAUGGAGCACUUAAACUACAGCAACCCGGCCUUGAUCUCUGGUCUGCCCGACCCAGUGGCAGCGCUCUUACCCCUGAGCUACAGGUCCCGGUUCGCAUUCACAAGGCAAUAUUUCCAAACGGACCAAACUUUUUUAAUAAAAGUCACGUGCGAGUAAACUCUCCUUCGAUUGGUCAGAGUGCAUCUGUUUAUUUUCCGGCCGGUAACGUGAGUGAUAAUGAGCGUCAGCUGCGCGUUGUCUCUGUCUCUCACGGCGGAGCUCGGGAAGCAUUAAAGGAGGAGAAGGACGAGAGCGAACCAGGCCUGGAUUUAUGUUAUGUUUUAUUGUGUUUGUGUGGCCGGCAGUUGUUGGACUUUUGAGGCAGUCCUGCAUGUUCAAAAAUUUGUACAGAGACGUUCUCCAAAAUCGAUUAGAAGUUUAUUAUCAGAUGUAAAAAGGAGUAACAAAGCUUUGGGUUGUCAGACGACCUCCUCACUCCACCAUAAGCCAACAACCCAAAUUAUUCAAAAACACAUAUAUUUAUUUGGUAUGUGACGUCGUUCGCAUCUUCUGACUCCUCCCCUGCCUCCCAAGGAGUGCUGCUCCCUUUCCACCACACCGUGCACCACGUAUAUCUGCAAAACAUCUUUGCAACACAUCUUCUGCAACCUGCGGUCAGUUGCUAAUUUGAGGAAGUGUUCCCUAGAGACAGUUUCAUAUCGCAAAACAACAUGUAUAAAUACUUUCAGUAAAAAACUCAAUCAUCUAAUGCUUUAAUUAUGCAGCAUUGUUUCUUAAUCCUAUGAUUCAAUAAAACACAUCAAAACUCAUGAUUAUACUUAAAACAUAUGCAUUGGAUUAAUUCAUAACAUUCCUUCCCUAUGAGACUCUUUGUCGGCAGUUAUUUUGCCCCCCCAUCAGAACUAAAUGUUCUAUCAGUUUUAACCCACAUCCUGUUUUUUAUUAACUCAGCUCUUGCUGAGUUCCUCAUAGCACAGCAGUAUUUUUUCAUUAGAGCAAGCAAGCAAACACAGUUUAUAAACUCAUAAUACCUCUACAUCCCGGUUAUAUGAUGUUAUUCAAUAAAACAUGAAAGGAAACUUAUCAGUUAUCCCACACAGUCGACUGUGAGGGAGCUGUCAGCACUUUACUUUCGUUUUGUUGUUUGUUUAUUUUAUUAAAAGUUUGGUUUAACGUUCGCCGGUUCCCGCCUCCUUCCUUCCUUACUUUGAACAUUGUUACAGGGAGCCAUUAGCAAAACAAUCCCUUUUUCGUCACGCAACUUUACAUAAUUACCCAUCAUACAUUGUGAUACAGUCUGGUUCGUUGGUCCGUUGGGUCGGAUGGCUUUCACACGUCUACCGAACCGCUCCAGAGUUCGUUUGCAAUCGGGUCGAGACCACCUUGUUCAGGCGGUCUCGGAGCGAUUGUUUUGGGGCGGAUCCUAGCGCGAUUGCCGUGUUCACAUAUGCCUAAACGAAUCGAACAAGAGAGAAAACGCACCAGGUUUCGAAACAAACCCUUAUGUGUGAAAACGCCCUAAGUGUAAUUUUCCCUUAAGUGUGUCCUUAAGUUUUACUUAAGUUAUUCUCCUAUUGUCUUUGGUAAAGGAAAAUCACCCCUUAAGUGUCAUACUUACGGGAAAAACUUAAGGUGCUUUAUGCAACCCGGGCCCAGGGCCUUGCAUGGUUUUGAUAGGCCUAAACUUGGGGUUCUUGCGUUUUACACGCUUAGGGAACCUUAAAAAUUGUGGGAUUUGAAUCGGGACUUUUAGGAACCAAAGACAAGCAUUUAACCCCUUGGGUCUUGAAAUAGGGAAUACAUUUUUGUGUUUAGUUGGUAAAAAUCCUAAGCCACCGGUACGAACGCUGAAACUUUGGUAGGUGGUUAAUGGUUCAAGGGUGGUUUGCUGGAGUUUGAGUGCUCCAUAUGUGGAGCUGGAUUUUAUGGGUACUUUGUUUUAAAUAAUUGAGAACUGAUGUGAACUUUUGUAUUGACUUUGAGUCAAACCUGAGAUACUGAGCCCAUUCUCGGGACUACAACCACAGAAAGUAUAUGAAGAGUUCUCAUUUGGUUCCAAAAUGAGAACUCGGUUUUAUUUUAUUUUCAAAAAUCAUAUUUUUUCAUUGUGCAUUCCAAUUAAUAUCAAUCAAACUGCAGUUGGUUUGUUUUGAUUUAAGCCAUUGUAACUUAUAUUUUAUGUUGAAAAAAAGGGUACAAACCCUGUGUGAAGCACAGGUGAAAAAUUAGGCAUACAACUUCAAAAACACACAGGCACGAAAAAGUUUUAAAAGAAUUUUAAUUCAUUUAAAAAUUAAAAUAAAUAUCAAUGCAUGUAAAAAUCUCUUUAAGAAAACUAAAACAUUGCCCAUGUUUAAAUGUGGAAAAUUACAGCACCUUGUAAUGUUUCCAUGGAAACUCUUUAAUAAAUUAUAUCAUUUACAGAUGAUGACACACAGAACGUUACACAACAAAUGCAUCCUUGCCUUGUCAGAUUAUGAUUUUUAGGUACUUAAAAUUGCAAGAUUUUUUUCACAAGUCUUUCAUAUAUUCUUAUUUCCCCAAACCAGGCUGUCACAUCCAUUUAGAUGAUGAAAAGAACAACAAACAAAACACAGACAAAUAAUCUGGAGGAAAACCAGCCUUCUGUGUGCCUGUGAAGUGACUGAAUGCUGAUUCCUGAUUCAGACUCCGGGUGGCUCCAUCGGGUCUAUGGCUUUCCAAUGUCCUACAGCCUCCUCCAACUGUGUAGCGGAACUCCUGAAGAUUGGACACACCGUGGAAGUGCACGAAGGCCCCGGCCACCACCAAGACGUGGAAUAGCUGAUGGGAAUGGAACUGGCAACAGAAAACAGGAAAGAAUCUCUCGGGGAUCCGGGCGGCGUACAGACAUGCUCCGGUGAUGUACAGGGUGGCCAUGAGGAAGAGCCAGCCCAUUUGGCCCAUGGUGGUGGCUCUCAAGAAGCCUUCUGAGAUCAUAAAGUGCAGCGUCGGGACGACCCCGCUGAGCCCCAGACCCACAAACACACCUAUGGAGAGAACAAGGAUGGGGUCUUACCAGCUCUGACUCCGCGGUACUGCGGCGUGGCGAAGAAAUCGCACUGAGAGACGGUGAUGGCGGCGAUCCCCAGUAUACACACUACGAUCAGGCUGUAAUGCAUAUCAUCAGGCUCUUACUUUGAGAAGACGCGUGACACCCCUUCUGAGUGGCAGUAGACCGUGUGGAAGAGCCAGGAGAAGGACAGGCAGAGAAUGGCUCCCAGAAAAAACAUGCCAAUGACUAUCUUCUCCUGGAACGGCGCCACAAAUGACAUAUUGGGUCUGAACAUGUACACGAUGCCCAGACAGAGAAAGAACAGGCAACCUGUAGACACAAGUACCACGCUGGUUACAUAUUUGUGUGUAUUCAUUUAAAUUACGCCAACUGAUACUUAUGAAGGGGCGAUUUAUGUUUCUGCGGGGUUACUGUAAUAGGCCACUCCCCUUUUCAUUCUGUACAAUAAAUAAAUAAACAGCCUGCUGUGAAACAG